UUCUGUGAGUGACAGAUUACUGACAGUUUGGCAAAAACGAAAACAAACUGCGCGCAAUAGAUUUGAUCAAAGGAAUUUCAACAAAUAUAAUAUUCAUUAGUUAUUUACUUACCUAAAAACAACAUGUUGACCAAAACGUUCCGAUUAGUGAAGAAUGGCAGUAUUAUUAAAAAUGCGACACCGAUUUUGAGUGCGGUGCGCGGCAAGGCGGCCUACGAGGGGGAGGGCAAGACGACGGUGCGGGUGCUCAACAACGACCCCGAGUUCGGGCUCAUGAUAGACUCGUACGCCACGUAUGGUUUCAAGCUGAACAAUGGGCUCACAGUAUUAGGACCUAUGGCCAUCUUCCCCAAGACAGUCCUGUCCUGGCAGGUGACGGCGGCCGAGCAGAUCACGGAGCAGUCCCUCAAACUGUUCAAGCUGCUUGAGCCCAAGAUAGACCUGCUGAUCGUAGGUCUGGAGUCGUCGAACCGUCCUGAGGCGGGCGCGGUGCUGGCGGCGGCGCGCGCCAACAACCUCAACGUCGAGAUCCUGCCCACCGAGCACGCCUGCUCCACCUUCAACUUCCUCAACGCUGAGGGCAGGUCGGUGGCGGGCGCGCUGAUCCCGCCCACCAGCAUCCACAACAUGAACGAGGACGACAUGAUGCAGACGCGGCUCGAGCAGGACUCCUUCAACAAGCCGCUCUACUAGGCCAGCCCGUCACGCCGUCACACCGCCACACCGUCACGCUGUUGGGCGGGAGGCGGACUCCACACGGAAACGAGUUGGUACUACGGGAACCCGACGCUAGCGAUAAUAGGCUAUUGAAUAAAUCUGUUUAGUCCGUUAGACAGAUUGCAAUAAUAUUAGUUUGAGAGAUGGCAACCGGUUCUUAGUGGACUCUGACAAUGUUACAUCGUAUUAGCAAAUGCAGAACUCAUCAAAUGUCUACGUAUGACAUUCAUGUUCGACAAGUGACGUCACUUGUCUGUUGGCAUGUAACUUGUGUACAAACCGAAUGAUUAGUACAAUUGUAAAUAUUAGAAUAGUCGAUAUUUAAUAAAUGUUGUUUUGUUAC